UAUAGCCCAACCUUGGUUUGUUGUUGUUUGGUUUUUGUUCUUUUUUUUUUUUACGCAGUAUCUGCGUAAAUCGAGACCUUGAAUCACGAUGAUAGUUUGUACCAUUUGUCAGCUGGGACGAGAAGUGUCACGCGAGUUCAAGGAAAAACAUUUUCAGUUAUCAAUGUGUACAGCUUGAUGCAGAGCUGUGGAUAUUGGCUGUUUGCCAGAGCCAGGAAAUGCAGAGAUGAAGCCUGGGAAAUCAUCACAUCUAAAGGAUUUACUUGGAGUAAAAGAUCACUGACUUCUACAAUGGAAAAAUCAUGGAUGCUUUGGACCUUUGUUAAAAGAUGGCUACUAGCUUUGGCUUCCUGGUCUUGGAGUCUCUGCCGUAUUUGUCUUUUGCCCUUGAUAGUGACCUUUCACUUGUACGGAGGCAUUAUACUCCUUAUAUUAAUAUUUGUAUCAAUAGCAGGUAUAUUAUAUAAAUUCCAGGAUGUUCUGCUUUACUUUCCUGAACAGCCCUCUUCAUCACGCCUUUAUGUUCCCAUGCCUACUGGUAUACCACAUGAAAACAUCUUCAUCAAAACCAAAGAUGGAGUUCUCCUCAAUCUUAUUCUGCUGAGAUACACGGGGGACAAUGCAGCGUAUUCUCCAACCAUCAUUUACUUUCACGGCAAUGCAGGCAACAUUGGCCACAGGUUGCCAAAUGCUUUAUUAAUGCUGGUAAACCUGAAAGUAAACUUAAUUCUGGUCGAUUAUAGAGGGUAUGGCAAAAGCGAAGGAGAAGCAAGUGAAGAAGGCUUGUACUUAGAUUCUGAGGCUGUCUUAGACUAUGUGAUGACUCGGUCUGAUCUUGAUAAAACAAAAAUUUUUCUUUUUGGCCGUUCCUUGGGGGGAGCAGUAGCUAUUCACUUAGCUUCUGAAAAUUCCCAUAGGAUUUCUGCCAUCGUGGUGGAGAACACCUUUCUCAGCAUCCCAUACAUGGCCAGCACUUUGUUCUCUUUCUUUCCGAUGAGAUAUCUUCCGUUAUGGUGCUACAAAAAUAAAUUUCUAUCCUACAGAAAAAUCUCUCAGUGCAGAAUGCCUUCACUCUUCAUCUCUGGGUUGUCUGACCAGUUAAUUCCACCUGUUAUGAUGAAGCAACUUUAUGAAUUAUCCCCAGCUCGGACUAAGAGAUUGGCAAUAUUUCCUGAUGGAACUCACAAUGACACUUGGCAGUGCCAGGGUUAUUUCACUGCACUUGAACAGUUCAUCAAAGAAGUAAUAAAGAGUCACUCCCCUGAGGAAAUGGCAAAAACAUCAUCUAACGUAACAAUAAUAUAAUUGAUAUUCUUCUUUGGGGGUGGGGUGGGGCAAGUACCUGCACUGUAUCUUGAUUUGUGAUAAGUGGUAAAAGAAUGUCUGUUUUUAAAUGUAUGUCAUGUCUGUACUUGCCUAAAGAGUGAAAUUAAACUUGGAAAGGUCUGAUAUUUUAUUAAGGUGUUCCAGAUAAAUUUUACAUUUGCAGCAUUGUAAAUGAACCAUUUUAUGUCUUUCUCAUACUUUUUUGGUAUCUCUGUCCAUAUAUUCCAUUUGUUUGAUAUGUACAACAGAUGCUAUUAAAGAAACUUGCUACAAAAGUAGUACAGAAUGUAUUUAGAACAUUGGGAGGCUCUUUGGUAUUCACUGCUGUAUGUGUGAGCUUUUUUGGACAGCCAUGGUUAGCACAAUGAUUUGUUGCUUCUCUUAGAAUUUAUUUAAAAUGUGCCAUGCAUGAGAUUAGUGUUUUAUUUCUUGAAAUUUUAUAUUAUGCAAAGUGGGAAGUCUUUAAUGUGCUAAAUAAUAUAAAAUAUCAUAAAUGGUAGAGUAUACUUGCAGGUAUACUAUCCUGGGUUAUUACUGGUUUCUAUGGUUAUGCAGACUUACAUAUGUCAAAUUGCAGCUGAAGAUGAAAAGAUACUUUCCUUAUUUUCAUUUACUGUUUGUAUAAUAUUAGUGCCCAGAAGGUUGUACGUGCCUAAUAUCGUGACUUGAGGACUUUACCCUGGCAAUUUCUCUAUAGAAAAUAGAAGUAACUUUUUCUGAAAGAGAUCAGUGCAAUCUAAGCUCCUUUCUGCCUCAAGCUCUCCUCACUGAUGUCCAGGCAAACUAUUUGUUAGUACUAGCUUGCUUGUGCAUUUGAGGUAGUAUUUCUUAAGGCAAGAUGGGUGGUCAUACAAGAUAAAAGUAGGUUUUUGUGUUCAGACUUUUAUGCUUGUGAAGUUAAAUAUCUGUUCCCUUUAUACCUCCUAAGGAAGCACAUUCAAAUAAUUACCAGUGAUAACAUGAGAUAUAAAUGAUCAAUAAAUGUGUAUAGUUCUUACAGUGACCAUAAUGAAAAUGAGCAGGUCGUCUUAGAUGGUCAUAUCAUAGAGGAUAGGAAAGCUCUGUAAGCAGUGUUUGAACAAGCCAAGGCCAUUUGCACAAGGUUCAGCAAGAGGAAAAGCUGGGGUCACAACAACCCCGUGCUGGGGAAAGAGUGGCUUGAGAGCUGAUCAGCAGAAAGGAGAUUGGAGGUGCUGGUCAGCCCUGGGUGUGAUGGAUGGAUGUAAGCCUACAGUGUGUCCAAGUAUUCAAGAAAGCCAGUGGCAUCUUGGCCUGUAUUAAAAAGUGUGGCCAGCAGGACCAGGGCAGAGACUGUAGCCCUGUACUUGGCACUGCUGAGGCCACACCUUAAAUUCUGUGCUCAGUUCUGAGCCCCUCACUACAAGAGCAACAUUGAGGUGCUGGAGCAACUCCAGAGAUGGGCAACAAUGUUGGGAAGGGACUGGAACACAAGUCCUCUGAGGAGCAGCUGAGGGAGCUGGUGGUGUGUAGCCUGAAGAAAAGGUGGCUUAGGAUGACAUUGCUCUACAACCACUUGAAAGGAGGCUGUAGCAAAGUAGGGAUCAGCCUCUUCUGCCAUGUUUCAAGUGCAAGGAUGAAAGGAAAUGGCCUUUCAUUAAAGAAGGUUGAAAUUAGAUACUAUAAAACACAUUUCACUGAAAGAGUGGUUAACCAUUGCACCAAGUUGCCCAGGGAGGUAGUGGAAUCACCAUCUCUGCAAUUGUUCGUGAGUUGUCUGGAUGUGGCCCUUGGGGAUAUGGUUUAGGCAUGAUUAUGGUUUUUCUUAGGUUGAUGAUUAUACCAGAUGACCUUGAAGGUCUCUUCCAACUUUGUUGAUUCUGUGAUCAAAGACAUCUGCUGUUAGCUCAGUCUCUAAUGGAGUGGGAGUUGUUUAGUUCUCUUCUGCAGGUUUAAUUACUCAUCUGCUGCAGCUGAGUUUGCCUCUUCAAUUUUUUUUUUUUUUUUUUUAAUGGAAAGAACAAAUUGGAAAAUCUUCCAUGCAAUCUAUAAAGUUGCCCUUUGGAUUCAAAUUUUUAAGUAAACCUUUCUGCCAUGUUGUGUUGAUUCAGAAAAACAUCUCAGCACACACUUAAAAUCUGUUUCCUGAGGGACAUAUUUUAAGUCAUAUUUUAAGCUCGUGAUUAAGGUCUCUUGUUGAAUAAAACUGCUUUUAUGAACUAGUGCCUUAAUGGUUAUGCCUCCUUCAAAAAAACAUACAUCUGUCUGGAUCUAUGGAUGUAAAAACAUAGCGCAUACUUUUCAAUUAGAGUGAAACCAAAACUAUCUUUUCAGCCUUACAGUGGUAAUUUUUUUUUUAGUCUUUUGGGGAGAGGGGUAUUUGGGCAAGGUAUAUUGGAAGAAUUAAACUGGGGCUAGGAGAUGAGGCUGUAUUUGUAUAGCAGAAAGGAAUUGAUAGACAUAGCAUUUCCUUCCUCUGAUGUAUUCUACAGUGAGAUGUGAGCUGCUUGCAUAGAUUGUUUCAUCUACUUCACAUUGCUUUAGAAUAGAGAUGGAGAAAAGGAAUACUAUCAGUCAAAUACUGCUUUUCUAAAAAUCAGUUGAUAAAGCCAAAAGAGUAGAUUAAUUGUUGGAGACAGAAUUAAGAGGAAGUAAUUGUUUCAGAAGUUGUCAUAUCUUGACAUAUCUUGGGGGGUAGGGGUGGGUGUUCACAAAGCAUCAAUUUCUUAAGUAACAUGGCAUUUAACCCCACUUCCCACUAAUCAAAACACAACUCAACCCCAGAAUAUCCCUAGUAUUAUGUGGUACUUGUAUACAAAUGACAUGUUCCUAUUUGAGCACACAGUUGCUAAGACAGAGUCGAAUGUGUGGUGUUAGAUUAUUAGGCAGUCUGAAACUCUUCAAAGUGGGCUGUAUCUAAACAUUAUUUUUUAUUAUCAAGCCAUAUAUCUUUUCACUAUGUUGUCUGCAUGACGUAAAAAUGAAACUUUGCAGGUAUUGGGUGUGAGUUGACACAAUUGUCAUAUAUGCAUCCUUUACACUUACGUGGUUUCUUCCCCCUUCUACAUGGGCACAUUUUUGUUUCUCACUUAAUGGGUUGGUCAAGUAUACUUGUGAAUGAAUGUUUAUAUGCUAUUUUUCAUUGCAUUGGUUAUGAAGUCCACUGAAGGAAAAUAGGAAGGAAGUGAUGGUUUUAUGCAAAUAUUCCACUGCUCUGCAUACAAUUCUUUAAGGGAGGGAGGGAGGAACAAAGAGGAGGAAACUUAUUCUGGCAAGUGAAGACUUGUUUUUAUUUCAUGGACUGUGUGAUGGAAACCACAGUUACCUGCUGCUAAAAACUGAACUACAAGCAACAUAGUAAUAAUAACUUUAAAUUGCCAAAUAGUGUGUUAUGAUACUGUUGCAUUUACUUUAUUUAAUGUCAUUAUAUGUUUUCCCAAACAGUUAUCCAUUUGUGCAUAGUUGUUUCCCAAAUAUUUGUCCUGUAGAUAAAAAUUUAUAGUUUGGGAAGGAGUUGAGUUUUUUUCACAGGUUUGUAAGAAAACCUUGGUUUAAAUAUCUUCAUUAAAGGAAUUUUCUGCUUUAUAAGAGGAAAUUUAAGUUUUUUUUUAAAAAAAAAAAAAGUAAGAACAAAGUUCCUGGGAAGGGUCAGGAGUUGAACAGCUGUAGCAGUAGAGUUCCUUGUAAGGAAGCAUAAAACCUUGUGAGUGCACACAUGUGUAUGGUUUUAAUUAGUGGAAAUACUUGAGGCUUCCUACUAACCCAA